AUGAAUUUAAAUCCACAAGAUAAGAGUGCUCUUAUACGUCGAAUUUUUGCACAUUUUCAUGUUCAGUCAGAACAGGAUAAACCUUUGUACGAAUACGAAUCAAUACUCAUUGGAGUUAUCAAAUACAAUACGCAAUUUUCGUCUAUUGAUGUAACAGUAUUUAUGUAUCUUUUGGUUUGCUUACUAAAUCAUGCCUAUGCUUUUUUCGUAGGAUCAGUAUAUGAAUUAAAUUCAUGUUAUCAAAUACGUCAUGCUCUAGGCAAAAGGAUAAUAACUGAAUAUGAUUGUGAUUAUGGUUGCAAAAUAUGGGAAAAUCAAAGUAAACUUAAUGAACCAACACAAGAACAACUUGAUGCCGUAAUUAAACAAUUGGAGAAGCCUCCAACCAUUGCACUUCUUACUGAUGCAGCAAUCAAACGACAUGUGGGUUCAAAUGCUUAUGGAAUGUUCAAAUAUGUGAAAAAUGAUCAGACUUGUAACACGAUUUAUUUAAAUUAUAAAUUAAUAGAACAUGCUGACGAAAGUAUGACAGUCGAACGAACAAAAAAUGUUGCUGUGUUACUUGCCAUUAAAAUAUUGCAUGAAAUCGUUCAUUGGUUAUUUUAUCAUCUUGCUGGCAAGUUAAAUGAUAAUAUGGACACACCAGCAACACCCAUUCAACGUGCCGAAAGUGGAAACGGCUUUGAAAUUUUAGUAUCUAAUUGUGUUAUGGAACAUGAAGAAGACACCACAACAUUCCGGAUUAAUCAUUUAAUUGGACGUUCGUAUGAUUUCUUUUUCAAUAUACCAAAUUUAUGGCGCGAUCAGUUGUUAUCUAAUUAUUAUUGGACAAAAUAUGCUGAACGAGUAUAA